CCCCUACCCCGAGCCCGACCCGGACCGGACCGGCUGCGCCGCCUCCGCUCCCCAGGCUGCCGGUCGCCCCCGCCGCCACCCCAGCCCCAGCGCGGGCGUCCCCGGGGUCGAGUUCCCGGGAUUCCUGGGAUCCUGGCUCCAUCAUCCGGAUGGUCGGGGGACUGAGGCGAGACCCGCCUGAGGCACACAGCGAAGCUGGAAAGCGCGCUCGGACCUUGCCGCCGAGCGGCGCCUCUGCCCUGCCUCUCUCCGGGUGCUGCGAGGAUGCUUCCGACCUCCCUGACCCUGCAGCGAGGGGCAGGGCGCUGGCAGGCUGAGACUGACACCACAGGCGCCUCUAAGGUGGUGUCCUCAGCCACCCGUAGAGGGCACCGUGAGGAUCACAGAGUUCUGCCACAGGGACUCGCCCACCCCAUCCAGCCCGUAGGCCCAGCAGUGACCGGCCCCAGGGGCGGGGUCACCAGGUCACCUCUGUACAGGUCCCUCACCUGGACCUUCACUGGCCACUGAGGGAAACUGUGGCCAGGACAAACUCAGGUUUGUUCUGACCAGGGUCCAGCCUGUCACCAGGGUGACCGCUUGUGACCUCAACUUUCCUUAUCCUGAGCAGCAGCAGUAGAACCUAGAUGAAGGACAGGGAGAAGGGAGAAAAGCACAGAUAUGUAUCUGUUUCUGUAAAGGAGGGGCAUCAGCCCCUGCCCAGCUGUGCACGGGAGGGUGGGGUAGGACUUUUCCAGAAAGAGAGCCAGGCCUGGCCCGGGCCCCAGGAGCUCACGUCACCCCCCACCCUUCACUUCUCCAGGGAGCUGCCAAAGCCAAAGCCAGCUGAGGACAGGAUUAUGUGUUCUGGAGUGGACCACAGAGAGGGGCAGCAAGGGUCAAGGGUCGCAGGGCUUGGGGUGCAGGGCGUGGAGGGGUGUAGGGAGUGGAGGAGACAAGGAUCAGAGAAGGGCAGGCAGGGACCAUCACCAGCUCACCUUCUCUCCAGCCUCAAGGAACAGGCAAAGGGCUGAAGCCGAAGGGCUGCAGUGGGAAGUGGGUCCUUCUCCAGGUCGCAGCACCUCCUCCUAUUAGGACUGAGCAGCUGAACUUGGCUGCCCAGGCAGGGAAAAAAGAGACCACCUGACCCCAGGCAGCUGAGGCCACCACGCUGCCACCAUACUCAGCCACUUUGAUUCCUCCCUCAAAUUACCACGGCCUGGGAUCUCAGGGAGAGAGUGACUGGGUAUUGCUACCCCCAAGCACAUUCCUAGCCUUCCUGCUAUCAUUUCCUUGCUCUUGAGCUGGUCCAACAGCUCCUUGGAUUCUUCUCCUGGUGCCUUUCUGAUCCAACAGAAACAGUUUUGUUUUGUUUUUUUUCCUGGAAAACAGAACUAAGGCAGGAUAGUGGUGGUGGGAAUGGCUCAAAAUGAGACCAAAGGGGCUAGAGGACAUGGAGUUAGAGAGCCCAGCUCUGGGGCCAGGGGAGGGCUCCAAAGCCCCUUCAAAGCUGGAAGGUUGACUCCCGACAUUCCCGAAAGAGAAGUCUGUGACUGUGGAGUCAGGGCAGCUCUGGCUUCCUCUCUCCUUCCCUCAUUUCUCCAACCCUUACAGCUGUGCACCAACAGAAAAAAAGAAAUUUUUAAAAAGAAGAAAAAUAGUGUGUUGGUACAGUAUUUGGGAAGCUGAGACAGGAGGAUGGUGAGUUCAAGACCAGCCUGGAAUACACAGUGAAAUGCUGUCUCAAAUAUAAGUAAAUAAAAAGAAGAAAAAUAGCUGGGCCUGUAAAUUCUAACUCUUCUAGAGGCUAAAGCAUGAAGAUCACAAGUUCAAGGCUAGCCUGAGCAAGUUGGGAGCUCUGGGGGCGGAGUGGGAGUCAGAUGGAACCCUAGAACUGGUCUAACCUGGCCAGCACAGCCUGCCUAGAAUCGAGGGUGGAGCUGAGUCCCUGCAGCACGAAGGGGAGGGGACCGAGUUGGGAGCCUGGAUGCUGAGCUGGGUCUGUCUGAGGAGUCACCCUGCCCGACUGGCCUCUAGAGUUCCUGAGAGGUGACCACUGGGCUUCUGCCCCUGCUGUGCGCACCCCUCCGCCCCCAGAUGCCUGAGUAGCUUCUUCCAGGCACAGCGAUGGAGCAGUGGGCAGGCAGGCCUUGGCUGUGUCUGAUGCUGCUUCUGUCUCUCCCUCUGCUCUGCCUGGACCAGGAGGUCUUGUCUGGACAUACUCUUCAGACAUCCCUGGAGGAGGCCCGGGUGCCUGAGGGGGUCUGGGGACCUUGGGACCAGUGGACCACUUGCUCCCAGCCCUGUGGAGUAGGGGUGCAGCGCAGAAGCCGGAUGUGUCAAUUCCCCCCAGGCCUGGCCCUGCCUCCCAGGCCCCCACGACACCCAGAAGCCCUGAUGCCCCAGGGUCAGGGCCGCAGACCUCAGACAACUGGAGAAACCUGGCCUCUCCUCAGGCCACAGGCUCAGGGAAGGGGCAGCCCACUUCGAGGUCCUGCUUCCCAAGUGGGGAGAGUGGAGCCCCAGGAGGCCCGGAGGUCUGGGGUCCGAGAGCCCAUCAAGCCCGGCAUGUUUGGUUAUGGGAGGGUGCCCUUCGCCUUGCCGCUGCACCGGAGCCGCAGGCAGCCCAGGAUCUCGUCUGGACCUGAGCCCUCCCGGGCCUCUGCUACAGCUGACAGGCCCCUUGCUUCCUCUGCAAAGCACAACUCCCAAACUCAGCUCCUAUCUCCAGGAUCAGCUGCCCCCACCCCAUCCUCCCCAGCAGAACCUUCGAGGCCCAAAACUACUGAAACAGGGGUGCCCCCCAGAAUCAGCCCUGACCCCACACAGCCCUACCCUGGAGCCCUGGCCUCUGGUGGCACAGGGCCCCCCUCACAUCCUUCUUCUUCCAGAGGAAGCAGCUCCGUCCUAGUGUCCCCUCAGCCCAGAAUGCCUAACUCUCAACGUCUGGCCAGUCCCCAGGCAACAGGCAGACAGCCGGAUCCUUCACCUUAUGUCCCUUGGGGCCGAAGCCGGCAGGGCCAGCAGAGCCAGCAGAGCCAGGGGCACUGGCGGCCAAGGGGGAGUCCUCCUGGAUCUCCCUCACAGUCUGCCAUUCACCACCCAGCUGGGUGGCUGCCUCUGCUGAGGGCUGGGCCCCACCCCAGCUCCCUCUGGAGCCUCUUUACUCCCAGUGACCCUGUUCCAAGAUGUCCCGGGGAGAGCGAGCAGCUUCGAGCCUGCAUCCAGGGGUCCUGCCCCCCAGAGCAGCCGGAUCCCCGGGCCCUGCAGUGUGCAGCCUUCAACUCCCAAGAGUUCAUGGGCCAGCUGUACCACUGGGAGCCCUUCACAGACGUUCAGGGCUCCCAGCGCUGUGAGCUGAACUGUCGUCCUCGUGGCUUCCGCUUCUACGUCCGCCACACUGAAAAGGUCCAGGAUGGAACUCUGUGUCAGCCUGGAGCUCUAGACAUCUGCGUAGCUGGACGCUGCCUGAGCCCUGGCUGUGACGGGAUCCUUGGCUCUGGCAGGCGUCCAGAUGACUGUGGAGUUUGUGGGGGUGACAAUUCUACAUGUCGCUUCAUUUCGGGAAACCUCACUGACCAGGGCGGCCCUCUGGGCUACCAGAAGAUCCUGCAGAUUCCGCCUGGAGCCUCCCGUCUCCAGAUUGCCCAGCUUCGGCCCAGUUCCAACUAUCUUGCACUUCGAGGCCCUGGAGGCCAUUCCAUCAUCAAUGGCAAAUGGGCUGUGGAUCCCCCCGGGUCCUACACAGGAAGUGGGACUGUCUUCCUGUAUAACCGUCCUCCUCGGGAGGAGGGCAGAGGAGAGAGUCUGUCAGCUGCGGGACCCACAACGCAGCCUGUGGAUGUCUAUAUGAUCUUUCAGGAGGACAACCCAGGUGUUUCUUAUCAGUAUAUCAUCUCGUCACCUCCUCCAGAUCUCCAGAUCCCCACUCCAGAGGUCUCUGUGCCCCAGCUUCAGCCUGAGAUGCUGAGGAGGGAGUCCCCACGCCCUUCAGUGCCCCGCUCAGCCCGGACCCCAGGUACCCUCCAGCGUCAGGUACGGAUUCCUCAGAUGCCUACCCCGACCCACCCCAGGAUGCCCCUGGGGUCUCCAGCUGGAUACUGGAAGCGAGUAGGAUACUCUGAGUGUUCAGCUUCCUGUGGAAAAGGUGUCUGGAGACCCAUUUUCCUCUGCAUUUCUCGUGAAUCAGGAGAGGAACUGAAUGAACACAACUGUGCCAUGCAUACCAGGCCCUCAGCCUCCCCUGAGCCCUGCCACAGCCCACCAUGCCCUCCAUACUGGGAGACUGGCGAGUGGACAUCCUGCAGUCGCUCCUGUGGCCCUGGCACCCAGCACCGCCAGCUGCACUGCCGGCAGGAGUUUGCGGGGGGUGGCUCCUCAGUGCCUCCGGAGCGCUGUGGACACCUCACUCGGCCCAGCACUACCCAGCACUGUCAGCUGCGCCUCUGUGGUCACUGGGAGGUGCGCUCCCCCUGGAGUCAGUGCUCCGUGCGGUGUGGGCGAGGCCAGAGGAGCCGGCAGGUUCGCUGUGUGGGAAACAACGGUGCCGAAGUGAGCGAGCAGGACUGUGCCUCAGGCGCUCCCCGGCCUCCCAGCAGAGAGGCCUGUGACAUGGGGCCCUGUACUAUGGCCUGGUUCCACAGUGACUGGAGCUCCAAGUGCUCGGCCCAGUGUGGGACAGGAAUCCAGCGGCGCUCAGUGGUCUGCCUCGGGAGUGGGGAGCCCCGUGGGUUGGGCGGGCAGGAUGCAGGAGCAGGGACUGGUGAAAACUGUCCACCGGGAAGCCGCCCUCCUGACAUGCGCGCCUGCAGCUCGGGGCCCUGUGAGACGACGUGGUGCUGGUACACGGGGCCCUGGGCUGAGUGUUCCUCAGAGUGCGGCUCUGGCACACAGUAUAGAGAUGUCAUCUGUGUAUCCAAACUGGGGACUGAGUUCAAUGUGACUUCUCCCAGCAACUGUUCCCACCUGCCCCGGCCCCCUACCCUGCAGCCCUGUCAGGGGCAGGCCUGCCGGGACAGAUGGUUUUCUACACCCUGGGGUCCGUGUUCUCGCUCCUGCCAGGGCGGCACGCAGACAAGGGAGGUCCAGUGCCUGAGCGCCAACCACACCCUCGGCACCCAGUGCCCUCCUCACCUGCGACCCUCCAGGAAACGGCAGUGUAAUAGCCAGCCCUGCAGCCAGCGCCCUGAUGAUGGCUGCAGGGACAGCUCUCCACAUUGCCCCCUGGUGGUACAGGCCCGGCUCUGCGUCUACCCCUACUACACAGCCACCUGCUGCCGCGCUUGCGCACAAGUCCUGGAGCGCUCCAGGUUGGAGCCAGCCUGAAAAUGUGUCCAGGAGACCUCUCCUCCCGGCUCUGUCAUGCCAGCAUUGGUCCUCAUCGAUCAACCCACACUGUAGCCCUGGCUCUCCAGCCUGUCCCAGUUUUUCCUGGGGUACCCUCCAGGGCGACUAUAGGUGACGAGGCUACGGACAGUGGUUGUCAAGAUGUGUGACUGGGUCUAUGCUUGGGUGAAGUGUGUGCACCUGUGCCUCUAAAUUUGUGUGAGGCCUGGGUGGGUGUGUGCCUGCAGACUGGGAUAUCACUUCCCAAAGAGAAGUCACAGGGAUGGAAAGAAGUGGGAGCAGACAGUACUUGUUUCCCCAAGACUUUUUUUUCGAACCGGAGAUCGAACUCAUGACUGCGUGCUUCCAAGGCAGGCACUUAUGCCGCUGAGCUAAAUCCCCAGCCCGCCUUAACCCCACCCCCACUCCCCACCCCCCACCCCCGCGCCAGACUUUUGUAGGCCAGGAGGAAAGCAAAUUUGCAGCUCCUUAAUAAUCUGAGCUACUUGGAACGUGAUCUCAGCAAUUCCAAUUUUGCAUCCUAAACCUGAUUUCUCAUAUUCAGCCCUCACAUUUUCUAAACCACUCUUUUGGGCUGGGAGUGUAACUCAAUGGUAGGCUGCUGGUCAGGCGUGCACCAAGCCCUGGGUUUGAUCCCCAGCACCGGCCAAAAAAAAAAAAAAAAAAAAAAAAAAAAAAAAAAAGUUACCCUUUGUCUCUGACCCCCUCAUCCCUUGCCCAUCUCUAUCCCUGCCUCCCUAAUUAGCUAGGGAGAGGAUCAGCAGUUGCCAGUCAUAACUUCAGGCCAGAACAGGUACCAUCUGAACCAAGCGUGGAAAAGAAAUGUUAGCUGCUUAACUAAAUGGCUCUCACCCCAGAACUAAUUUAUUUUUCAUUAAAGUUGAUUAUGACAAAUGAGAA